GGGACCUGGAAACCAGCCUCAUCUCUCAGACACAACUCAAGCCUGGACAAGAUGCACAACCUCUUUGCUCUCACAGCUGCCGCGGCUGGCCUCUUCGCAACAGCCUCGGCAACCAAGGUUCCCAGCGUCAACGUGCCCGCUUGUCCUCGCGUGGGCAGCAUCAGCUACAGCAAAUCCGUGCCUGAUCUGACUCCCUUCCCGCGCACGCAGGUCGAUCUCUGCUACACAGACACCAGCCUGGAGCUCGCAUUCACUGCAUUCGACGAGGUCAACUACUACUUCAACGCGUCGCAGGGCAUCAACGACGACAUCUGGGAGUACGAGGUCAUGGAGGCCUUCCUCUACAAGGGCACCGACGACCCCCAGACUUAUGUAGAGCUGGAGGUCAACCCCAACAAUGUCACCUACCAGGCCUUUGUCUACAACCCGUCAAAGAACCGCACGGCCGGCGCGCCCUUUGACCACUUCUUUGUGUCGGAUCCUGCGGCCGAUGGCUUCAGCGCGACAACUGUGCUCAACAAGCCGGCCAAGACGUGGAAGAGCACCGUCACCGUCCCGCUAGGCAUCUUCAACGUAGACGAGUGCAAGGCCAAGGGCACGCAGUGGAGGAUGAACUUCUUCCGCACAAUCACUUCUCCAGAGACAUACCCCAAUCAGACUUUGGGGGCAUGGAGCCCGCCAAAUGAGGCGAGCUUUCACAUCUCCAAGUACUUUGGCCAUGUGAACUUUGUAUAAGCUCCAGAUCGGGCAUGGGCAUGUAAAUGAGCAGAAUACGAAUAGAGGCUGCAUACCUGAAACGAAUCUCUCUCGAUAUCAAUGCUUUUUCUUCUUUCAGUGACUUGGGCUUUUAUGUAUAUAUUGAAUUAACUUUUGAGAAGCCAUUGAUGUGGUUGGAGUUGUAUUGCAAUUAAUUGCGCGGCAUCGUGGUCGGCACUACUACACGUCAGCGUCUCAUGUAAAUAUUUUGGCGGUGCAGUCUGCGUACGUACCAACUAAGCAACAGAAGAUGAAGACUGUGAAGUGAAUAUACACACAAAGAAAAGAAAGCAUACGAAAUUAUAAAAAAGUUCAGUUGCUGUAAAACUGGUGAAGGU